AUGGCCCUGGGUCGGGGGCCCUGGGCCUGGCCCUGGCUGCUGCUGCUACUGUCGGGGUCCCUGGGCCGCUCUCCGCCCUCCUGCCCGCCCUCCUCGCCCUGCUUCUGCUUCUGGGCCCCGGACACGGUGCAGUGCCGCUUCGUGCGGCUGGAGGGCCCUCCGGAGUCGGUGCCUCGGGCGGCGGAGAGCCUGAGCAUCGUCGGGGCCCGGCUGUCGGGGCUGGGCCGGGCGGCCUUCGCCGGGGGCUGGCUGCCGGGCUCCGGGCCGCGGCGCCCCUUGGCCAACCUGACGCUGCUGCUGCUGAGCCACGACGGCCUGGAGCGGCUGGAGGAGGGCGCCUUCGCCGGGCUGCCGGCCCUGGCCACGCUGGACCUGAGCCACAACCCGCUGCGGGCCAUCCACCCCUCGGCCUUCGGCCUGGGCUGCUGCCGCCGUCUGGCCACGCUCCGCCUCAACCAGGCCCUCGGGGGCUCCGACGCCGAGGCUCUGCUGGACGGGGCCCUGCUCAACCUGAGCAGCCUGGCCCGCCUGGAGCUCCGGGGCAACGGCCUCCGGGACCCGCCGCCGGCCUGGAGCCUGCCGCCGGGGCUGGAGGAGCUGGACCUGCGCAACAACUCCAUCGUUGCCUGGAAAGCCGAGCGCCUGGACGGCCUGCUGCUGGCCCUGCCCCGCCUCCGCCUGCAGGUGGCGCCCAACCCCUCGCAGUGCGACUGCCCCUCCCUGCGCCCCCUGCUGGCCUGGCACCGCAACGCCUCCUGGAGGACCCCCGACGCCCCCGAGCUCCGCUGCGCCUCCCCCGCCCGCCUCAAGGAGAGCCCCCUCCGGCGGCUCAGGCCCCUCCAGCUGGGCUGCAGGCAGGAGGAGGAGGCUGGCCACUGGGGCCUCCUGGAGCCCCAGCCCCCGGGGGGCCAGGACCCGGAGCUGGAGACCGCCUCCUACGUCUUCUUCGGCAUCGUCCUGGCCCUGAUCGGGGUGGUCUUCCUGAUGGUCCUCUACCUCAACCGCCGAGGGAUCAAGAGGUGGCUCAACAACCUCCGGGAGGCCUGCCGGGAUCAGAUGGAGGGCUACCAUUACCGCUACGAACAGGACAGCGACCCCCGACGGGCCAGCCCCGGGGAACUCUGAGGAAGGCUGCGGGGUUUGGGGGAACUAGGCCUCCCUGGACCCAAACUCCAGCUAGACCUCGGCAGCAGGGCCUCCGCGCUGGUGGCUCCUUCCCUUCCUAGGAGGGCAUCUCGGGGCUCCAGCCAAUCGGCGAUGCCUGGGGCAGCCAGGGGCCCGUUGCUAAAUUCCCUCGCGCCUUUCUUUCAGCUAGACUUCAGCGGGGCCUCCUUGGGAGUGGUCCCUGCCCUUCUGGGAGGGCGUUUUGGCCCAGGGACUCUGCAGGAUGGGGCUCACCUGAGGCAGCCAAGGGCCCAUUGCUAAGCCCCCUGAGCGCCUUUCUUCCAGGGCUUCCAGAUGGGGAUGAAUUAGUCCAAUCUCUUCAGGGCUCCCCAUCCCUGGCAUCACUUUCGGGGUGAUGUUGAUCUCACAGGAAAGUUCCAGCUGCACGGCCAGCUCAGAGGGACGCCCUGGCAGCCGUUUGGUGACACCCUCUCAGCCUCAGAGGAUGGCAAUGCAUCCUCCCUCUGAACAAAUCCGGCCAAGAAAACUUUAUGCUAGGCUCUUCUUAGGGUCACCCUAAGUCAAAAAUGACUUGGAGGCACACAGCAGCAGCAGCAACAACAAGCAGAGGCUGGCAAGGACUGGGCUCAACUUUCCAUGUCUCUCUACAUGGAAAUGGUUCUCCAGCAGGGAAGAAAAUAAUAUUUCCCCAUUCUUUUCUCCUGGCUAACCAUCGCCAUCCUUCUGCGCUCUUGGAUUUCUUCCCUCCAACCAAAGAAGCAGAGAAAAGCAUCUGCCGCCACCAAAGCCAAUUUAGGGGCUCCUGCCAACCCAACCCAUCUGCCCCUUAUCCCUGGCAGAAACCCCCAAAGAACUUUUCUUGGAGCUGCAAGGAUUGUCUUGAUCCUGAUGUAGCAUUAAAUUUAGAAAUGGCUGGGACCCAAGUCUAUAAACUGCAUCCGCACUGCAGAAUUAAUGCAGUUUGACACUGCUUUAACAGUCAUAGUUCCUUCCUACCAAGUCCUUGGGUUUGUAUUUUGUUGUGCCACCAAAGCUCUCCGAGAGAGAAGGCAAAAUAUCUCACCAAGCUAUAAAUCCAAAAAGUCCAUAGCAUGGAGCCACCGCAGUUAAAGUGGUGUCAAACUGCAUUAUUUCUGCAGUGCAGAUGCAGCCUAGGCUUCAGGGAACAAAUGCCCAUGUGGCAGAAUUGUCUCUUCCCAGAGAUGCCCAUGGCUACACAAAAGCAAACAAUUUUUGCUGUACUUUGAGCCAGUUGUUAUCUGGGAAUACAUUCCAGGUGAAUGCCUGUCUGCCCACGAGCAUGGAUGCCUCUCUCCUUCCUUCCUUCCUUUCUCCCAUGUCAGUAGUGUGGUGAAUCCAUUCCAGUUUUUACUCUGAAUUCCAAAGGUACCAGACAGGGUGCAUCUGCACUGUAGAAAUCAUGUAGUUCAAACCCACUUUAACUGCCAUGGCUCCAUCCUGCAGA